UAGUAAUUCCGAUAGCUACCAAGGAACUCGAAAAUUUGUCUAAGCAAGCCACAAGACACCUGACGCGAGCGAGCGAGGCUGUCACUAUCGGAUAGCCAUUCCCACGUUUCUGCCGCCGACGAUGAGAUGAGUGCGGCACGACCAAUGCGACGUCUGCUGUCAAGGCGGUUGGCCGCCGCAGCCAAGCCAGCAGCACCACAAUGUCAUACCUCGUUUCAAAGCUCCUUUCACAACUCGGCGCGACUGCAGGCGCGAAGGAAACCGCGUUUCAAGAGCAUACGAGCUGAGGAGAUGGGUCUCACGACGCCGGAAAAGAUUCAGGAAUUUACCGAGGAACAGUUCAAGCCGUACACGCCCGAGGAGAUAGAGGUCCUGAGGAAGCAUUAUACGCCCGAGCAGAUGGAAGCCCUCGAAGCCGGUGAAGCGGCCAUAGACCCGAAAGACCUCACGAUACAGGCCCGUCUUCGCAAGGACCCUUACAAACUUCCCUACCUAGACGACUUCAGCCGCGUCCUGCCCGUCAUCGACAAGCGUCCCAAGAAGCAUACGCCCCCGAACCCGAAGACGAAGUGGCUGAGCGAGGAGGGUAUGAUGGUGGACAUGGACAAGUUCUUUAAACAGAAACUUGCGGAGAAAGUCCCUGAGGUUAAUUGGGCAGAGCUGUCCGGCCCCGAAUUAGACCAGGCCAUUGCGCAGCACGGAGGCAAGAUUGAAUUGAAUGAAAUGGACUUGAACGAGUUCUGGGCAGAACGCUCCGCCUUGGAUGACAAUAAUGCGCCUUCGAAUACGGCAUUGGCUCCGGCAUUAGGCAGGGACAUUCCCGGGGUCUCAGGCAUGUACAAGAGCCCGGUCGAUCCCGAGGAUCAAGGCUUGGACGAUGAGGGUAUAUACCAAGACCUGAAGAAGCGGACGGGUUUGACAGUGGGGGAGAUUUUGAAGAUCACGUGCAAGAUCCUCGUCGUGCGACUUGUCCAUAACCAGACGCGUUUGGGAAAGGUCAGAAGCGUGUGGGUUCUGGCGAUUGCCGGCAAUGGAAAUGGGCGGUUGGGAAUUGGUGAAGCAAAGUCGGUGGAAAACGGUACCGCGGUCCAGAAGGCCAAGUUGGAGGCCAUCAGGAACAUGACGCCCAUACCUAGAUACGAGCACCGGACAAUAUACGGGUCAACAGAGGCCAAGGUCGGUGCGACAAUAGUGAAGUUAGACGCACGACCACCUGGUUUUGGUCUCCGGGCAUCGCACCGAAUGUUCGAGAUGUUCCGCGCCGUCGGCAUCCACGACAUCGCAGCCAAGAUGCCUCGAUCUCGAAAUCCGAUGAACUCGGUCAAGGCGUGCUUCCAGGCCCUGCUCAACCAGAAGGAUCCGAAUGAGAUCGCGAUAGGCAGGGGAAAGAAGCUUGUAGAUGUACGAAAGGUGUACUUUGGCGGCAAUGUGUUAUAA